AUGGCAUCCAUGGUAACCGUAAGACGCUAAGCUAAGCAGAGAUAUGGCGCUGUACAUGAUACUACACCCACGUUAGCCUGUAAAUAGCCAAUUAGUGCGUCUUGUUUCGGGAAAAGAGACUGUACAAUUUCAUUUUAGACAUCGAUGGAUGAAUUACUCAUCGACGGUUGAACUUCGUCGGCGUCAACACCACACAGCGCAUGGAUUCAGCAAGAUAGCAUCCAUGCUAGCUUGAUUAUUACCUUACCAUAGCCUUCCGGCAAAUAACGGUGGCGGAUAAGCACUAUAGUUAUUGCCCAUGGCUUUCUAUGAAGUUUAUUCGCACCCAGCUUUGGUUCGGUACAAAACCAGUGUUUGCACGAAAGCCACGCUGUUUCUGAUUGUGGUUUUGUGCCUAACCUACAUCCCACCUCUACUGGUUGCUUACAGAAGCCAAGGUUUCUGGAUAAAACGAAGUACUUAUGAGGAACAGCCAGUUGUGAGGUUCCAGUACCAGACUGUGCUGGUGGCAGCGACCAGUACUCAGGGAGAUUACGUCGCUUGGAGCACCUUCCCUCAUCUCAACAACAUGCUGGGGUCUAAUCUUAGGAUCCCUGCUGUCUCUGUGAGGGAAGAGGACCAGAACCAGGAUGGCAAACUAGAUCGCCUGACUUUUCGACUGGAGCUUCCACUAAAACCAGAGGAACAGGUGUACAGUGUCCAACUGCUGCUUACCUUCAGCUACCAGCUUUUUAGGAUGUCCACAGUGGUGAUGCAGAGCCUGGCAUAUGUGCAGCACUCUUCUUCUGUCCCUGGAGCUAAGCUGUUCAUCAGUGGAGACCUGAGGCUGCAGCAGAGGACACCACUACCUCACAGAGGACUGCAUAACAUAUACAAUGUGUCUGUGAUCGAUGACUCCAGCCCUUUUGCAAGUGCUUAUGACCUUGAAAACAUCAUGAGGAGCUACCAGGAAAGAAACCUGACCACGGUACUGUUCUGUCCCAUGCCAGUAUGGACUGUGGGACGUGCUGCUGGUUCACCCUUUCAGCUUAACGCUGAGAUCCGUUAUCCCCUCGAGGUCAUCAACUAUCGCCCUGGCUUCUGGGAAACCAUUAAAUUUGCCUGGAUUCAGUACAUCAGCAUCCUCCUCAUCUUUCUCUGGGUCUUCGAGCGCGUUCAGAAGUUUGUUUUCCAAAACCAGGUUCUCACCACUGUACCCAUACCAGUAGGAAAACCUCAUCUCUCAUGAUGGUACUGUUGACACUUGUGAUUCAACAAGAAGCUCUCUGCCUCACAUAGAAAACACUGACGAUAUUAAAGUCUUUGAAAUAAGUGUCAGCUUGAGUUUUAGGAAAAAGCUAUUGGGUCAUUCUAAGUCUGAUUUUUAACAUUACCAAAAAGGGCAAGAUUUAAGCCACCAGCAGAAUCCAAUAAACUUAAUGUGUCAUUACAUUUUUUUAAAUUUAACUCACCACAAAAAGGUUUGCCUUUCUAGCUGCCCUCAUUAGUUGGACCAUUGACACUUAAAUCAGCUAUAUGCAUUCCUUUACUAUAUGGAAUUUAUGCAAAUCAACAAACAAGGUCGGUUAUAAUUUAACCCUCUCCUGUUGCUCUGCAGAUGUUCUCCUGCAUUGACUCCAUUUUCUCCUUAAACUUUCUUUAAUGACUGAAAAUAUAAACAUAUAUUUUUUUUACAUUUUUACAAGUUGUACAUUUAUGACAGUUUAAGUCAGUAAAUACAUAGAUUUUCUAUUAUUUAGCAUUUUCAAUUU